CCUAUAUAUAAUUGUUAUACUUCAUGUCUCCGAAUCUAGGUUUCCUGUCUAUGGAAAGACCCUAAAUCUCGCCACGGCCGGAGAGUCCAAGUUAGGCCCUUCGAGCUUCAAUCCGCCUUGCCGAUCGGCUCCUCUCGGCGCCUCCACCUAAACCCCUCUGCUCGUUUUGGUUGCGACCUGUCAUCAGAUCGUUGCGGAACAGAUGUUAUUCAGCUAAGUUGCGGUGCUCCAUUAGGCCUUUCCUGGCUAACAGAGUAUUUUGUAUUUUGGUUGCUCAGUUAAUAAAUCUGAGAUUUGCUAGCACCUGUGACACUGCUUUUAUAUUUUGGCUGUCAUGCAUCCACUAAUGGCGUUAAAAUUCAUACCAAAGCUCAGUGCUCCAUCCAUGUUUUUCGUCAUGGUUGUUCUAGCCAUGACUACAUUUCCAGCGAUCCAAGCCACUCACGAGUUCAAGGAAACCCACCUGUCUUUCUACGCUCAUGACUUCUUAUCUGGUCCAAAUAUCACAGAUGUUGCGUUUGCAGGUAUUCCCGGCAAGAUUUGGAACUACGAUCAAUUUGCCACUGUUUAUGCGGAGGAUGCCCCUUUAACGGAGGGCAUAGAUCUAAAAUCCGCCUCCGUUGGCCGGAUACAAGGCAUGUUUAUGGUAUCGUCAUUGGAUGGACGUAAUGCCUAUGAUAUGUUAUCAAUUGUGUUCACAAACAAAAAGUACAAUGGAAGCACUCUACAGAUACAAGGAAUUGAUAAGCAAUUCGAGCAAUAUAGAGAAUUAUCAGUGGUUUCAGGUGCCGGAAACUUUCGAUUUGUUCAGGGAUAUAUUACGUAUAAAACGGUUUUUGUGGACCUUCCAAAUGCAUACUUUGUUACACAAUGCAACGUUACAGUGAGACAUUAUUAGCAAAAAAUCGCGUGUAUUUUUCUGUUAUACUAUGUAUCUAUGAACAUUUAGUUCAUGUUCUUAUUUUUAUCAUAUGCUUAAUUCGGUUUGGUUGUGAAAAUUUGUUAUCGUUUAUUAUGAAUAAAAUCUUGUUACAUUAA